AUUAGCUGCACGCUAUCCGCUACAACAACGCGACGUGCUCAACAUGGCCGCGAUGCCCCCUGUCGAAGAGGGCAAGCUCCUCAGCGAGGCCCUGGGCACAGUCAAGGUCCAGACGGGCCAGAUGAAGCGUCACCUCGAUAACGAUGAUAUUAUGGAUGCGCUCAAGAGCGCGAGUCUUAUGCUCGCCGAGCUGCGCACCUCCUCGCUGUCGCCCAAGCAGUACUACGAGCUCUACAUGGCCGUGUUCGACGCCCUCCGGCACCUCUCCAACUACCUCUACGACGCGCACACCCAGUGCCGGCACCACCUCGCCGACCUGUACGAGCUCGUCCAGUACGCGGGCAACAUCGUCCCGCGCCUCUACCUCAUGAUCACCGUCGGCUCCGUGUACAUGUCCGUCCCCGAGGCGCCCGUCAAGGAGAUCAUGAAGGACAUGAUGGAGAUGUCGCGCGGCGUGCUGCACCCCAUCCGCGGCCUGUUUCUGAGACACUAUCUGAGCGGGCAGACGCGCGACCAUUUGCCGGUGGGCUUGGACGACGGGCCCGGCGGGAACCUGCAGGACUCGAUCGCGUUCGUGCUGAGCAACUUCAUCGAGAUGAACAAGCUGUGGGUGCGUCUGCAGCACCAGGGGCACUCGCGCGACCGCGAGAAGCGCGAGAUGGAGCGCAAGGAGCUGCGCAUCCUCGUCGGCACGAACCUCGUCCGCCUCAGCCAGCUCGACGGCGUCGACCUCGGCCUCUACCAGCGCACGAUCCUGCCCAGCGUCCUCGAGCAGGUCGUCUCGUGCAAGGACGUCAUCGCCCAGGAGUAUCUCAUGGAGGUCGUCAUUCAGGUGUUCACGGACGAGUUCCACCUGCACACGCUCGGACCCUUCCUCUCCGCGACCGCACAGCUCCACCCAAAAGUAAACAUCAAGCAGAUCGUGAUCGCGCUGAUCGACCGGCUCGCCGCGUACGCCGCGCGCGAGGCGGAGAACGAGGACCCGGAGGAGACCAAGCGCCAGGAAGAGGCGGCCGCGCGCAGGCUCGCGGAGAAGGUCAAGAUACAAAAGGCGGUGCGCGCACGAGAGAACGGGAGUGCGGGCGCGUCGUCGGCGUAUGCGUAUCAUGAGCCGGCGAGGCCCGACGAGGCGGAUGCGUGGGGCGAUGUGCCGCCGCCGGCGCUGGCGGGGAGCGAGGGGGCGCCGACGAGUCCGACGGUGGCGACGACGGAGGAGAAUGGGUUGGCGUCGGGGACGGUUGAGUCGGAGACGACGUUGAAUGGGAGCGGGGAGAAGGCGGAGGGCGAGGGCGAGGGUGCGCCGGGCGUGGAUAAGGGCAAGGAGAAGGCGACGGAGAAGGAGUUGCCGCCUGUGCGCAAGUUCCGCGGGGUGCCCGAGGACGUGCAGCUGUUCGAGGUGUUUUGGCAGCAGGUCGUUGAGCUUAUCAAGGCGCGCCCGGACCUGUCGAUACAGGAUAUCACGGCGCUAUUUGUGUCGCUCACGAACCUCUCGCUGAGUUGCUAUCCCGACCGGCUAGAAUACGUCGACCAGAUCCUCACAUUCGCGUCAGACAAGGUCAAAGAGUUCGGCACAAGCCCAGACCUGCACUCGCCACAAACGACCUCGAACCUCGCCGCGCUGCUCGUCGCGCCGAUCAACUCGUACCAGUCCGUGCUGACGCUGCUCGCGAUCCCGCGGUACGUCCCGCUGCUCACGCAGCAGCUCUUCUCGACGCGGCGCUCGAUCGCGACGUCGAUCGUGUCUUCGGUGCUCAAGAACGAGACGGUGAUCGAGACGCCCGAGGACGUGCAUGGGGUGCUGGAGCUGUGCCAUGUGUUGAUCAAGGACCAGGUGGACCAUGCUGGUGCGCCUGGGCAGGGGCAGGGCGUGGCACCGGGGCAGGGGAUGGGGAUGGGCGCGGCGAAGGAGGUGAGGAGGCAGGGGCCGUAUCAUGUCGAGCGGGAGGAACUCGCGGAGGAGCAGGGGUGGGUGGCGAGGAUGGUGCAUCUGUUCAGGGCGGAGUCGCUGGACGUGCAGUUCGAGCUCCUCCACACCGCGCGCAGACACUUCGAGGCGGGCGGCGAGCGCAUGCGGUACACGUUCCCCGCGCUGAUCACCGCGUCGAUCCACCUCUGCCGGCGCUACGUCGCGCGCAGCGCCGUCGAGGACGAGUGGCCCGCGCGCGUGCACGCGGUGCUCAAGUUCGCGCGGCAGCUCACGAGCAUCCUCGCGACGCAGGUCGAGGCGCCCGCACCUGCGCUGCGCCUGUUUCUUCUCGCGGCGCAGACGGCGGACGCGUGUGGGCUCGAGGCGAGGGCGAGCGGGGCUGAUGCGGGUGCGGGGAGUAGGAGGCCCAAGUCCAAGCACACGCACAAGUCUGAGCCCGGGAAAAGCGAGGGCGAGGACUCUGAUGCGGAUGCAGACAGCGAUGACGCCGCCGACGCAGAAGCAGACGCAGAAGCAGACGCAGAAGGAACCACGGACCCGUCGUUCGAGGACCUCGCGUACGAUCUGUACGUGCAGGCGUUCACGGUCUACGAGGACGCGAUCUCGGAGUCGCGCGCGCAGCUGCAGGCGAUCACGCUGAUCAUCGGGGCCCUGCAGGGCGCGCGCGUGUUCAGCGUGGAUAAUUAUGAUACGCUGAUUACGAAGGCGGCGCUGCAUGGGGCGAAGCUGCUGAAGAAGCCGCAUCAGGCGGGCGCGGUGCAUCUUGCGAGCCAUAUGUGGUGGCAGGAGGCGCCGGCGCCGGGCGGGGAGGGGGAGAAGGGCGAGGGGGGUGUGGAGGCGGAUGCGGGUGGGGAAGGUGGGGAGGGAGGGGAGGCGGUUGUGGAGGAGAAGGGGGAGCAGGAGAGGAGGGCGGGGUCGAGUUUGGUGGGGCGGGAUGAGGAGGGGCCGAGGGCUUACCCGCAUCAGGACAGCAAGCGCGUGCUCGAGUGUCUGCAAAAGUCGCUCCGGAUCGCCAACUCGGCGACAGAGGAGAUCGUGACGGUGCAGCUGUACUGCGACGCGCUCGACCAGUACCUGUACUACUUUGACCGCGGCGCCCCCGCCGUCGCAGCGCGCUUCGUCAACUCGCUCGUCGAGCUCAUCUGCGCCAACAUCGACAGCGUGAACGCGCCAGACGUGCACCCGUCGCAGCGCGCGCCGCCUGCGCUGCUCGAGGGCGUGCAGACGCCGCACGCGAUCGCGACGCAUUUCCGCAACACGCUGUUGUAUAUCCAGAGCAAGAAGGCGGCGCAGAGCGGGGAGCGCUCGUCAAGAUGGGACGAGGUGGACGUUGUGGGCGCGUUUUUGAAGAUGGGGAUCAACCGGUAGUUUGCUUCGCCUUUUGCUUUGAUAGGGAGUGGCGCAUAAAUGGCGGGGAGGGCAAGGCGUGGUGAGAGUGGGAGGACUGUGACCAGUAUUGUGUUUGAUUUGUUUGUUUGUUUGUUUGUUUCUCUUUUCCUUGUGUGUAUCCCGACAUAUGUGAUGAUGUGUGACGAGUACGUACGGCGUCAACUUUUCUGCUUUCUUGUAUAUACCACGCACCAUCACCGCAUUUUCUUACGUAUGGCUAUAUUUCUUUG